AAUAUAUGUUAAUUUAUGUUUAUAUGGACAAAAAAAUAAAUGUUACGUGCUAAUUGUUAGGUACAUUAGUGCGGUUUAUCAAAAAUUAUAAAGGUAACGCCUUUGGAAGUCACAAUUAGUGUCUGGAAACAUGCAAAAAGUGUUGUUUGUUGCGCUAACAGCCCUUGCAGGGUGUUUCUGUUGGGAGGAAGAACUUGAAAAGGCAAUUCUUCCUAGUCGUCCUCCAUUUACAUGCCUUAUAGUUUGUCCAAAAUGUCCGCCUAUAACUUGUCCUGAAGGCACCAAAGCUGGAUAUUCUGCCUUUUGCCAGUGUUGUCCUACUUGUGUAAUUCCCGAAGGAGACCAUUGUCCUUGGACAGGCCCUGAACCACCCUCUGGAAAUGUCCGAUGUGAAGUUUACACAGAAUGUUGCGAAGGAGUUUGCUCUGGGGGGAAUUGUGUAACUGAGUCUACUUCAGAGUCUACUGAGGCUACUGAGUCUUCAACCACAGAUUCAUCAACGACGACAGAUUCAGAAAAAAUUAGUUGAUUUUUUAAUAAAGUCUGCUUAAGUAUAAA